AUGGUCGCCCCCGCCGUCUCUUCCGCCGUCCCCUACGUCCCACCAAACAUCUGCUGCUCCUCCUUCGCCGGCCACACCUGCACAAAGGACCAGUACGACUACCACCGCCAAGACGUGAUUUUAAACCAAAUAAUAAACGUCUUCGGCAAAGAAUGCGUCCGCAAAGGCGCCGGCCCCGGUGCCUGGACCCCCAAUAAGAACUGGUCCGAGUGGUACGCCUGCGAGGUGUGGACGGGUCCCGAGCAGCGUCAAAUCGAGGUCGGGGAGUGUACCCUCUACUGCGGCACGUCGGAUGAUUUUAAGGAUGGGCCUUGUGUUUAA